ACUCCAAUAUUAACAUUUAUUUUCUAGAAUAAUAUCUUCUUGCCAUAUCUCGAUCUUUUCAUCUCAAUCGUCGCUCUUGGUCUAUCUCCGGUUCUCCAUAUCCCAAUACCUCCCAGCAAGCUCAUAGCUGGUAACACGUAUGAGAUUGGACAUGUCUCCAAAAUACCGGCUUUAUACCCGACCGUCGGGUCAUCAUCGACGUUUAUAUCCAGUCGUAGGGUUCAUCAACGGCGUUUAUACCCGGCCGUAAGGUCAAAGUCGUGGUCUCCAUCGUGUUCGUAGUUAAUGGAAAACCACAUGGAAAAUACAUCUUUGUAGUUAUGUAUCUCCAUCGUUUAAAUCAUAAGGUCAAAGUCGUGGUCUCCAUCCUAAAACCCAUGAUGAUUUCAGUUCGAAUCAACAUCUAUUCAAAUCAAAUAUUCUUCAUUUCUACAAGUAAAUCCCAAUUUUUGCUAUCACCGAUCAAGCCUUUUUCAAGAAUAAACCCAUAAACGACUUGAGGAGUAUCUUCACAAGCGCCAAUGAAACGCGACGACAAAGCCGAAAAGCACCGAAAAGAAAAUCAAAACAAACCGACGGCAAACACAAACGUCAAAACUGGCUAACUCUGCUUAUAGAAGCCAGAUGCUACCGGACUAGGGCCAACCACCACCACUAUAGAAGCUGGAGAUGUUGGAAAAAGAGCUCGACUAAAUCGGACAGGACAUGAUAAACACCGGAAAACAUCCGGUCAUGUAAACAAAAAGGAAAAAACUUUCUCUGUUCUCUGAAAGAUUUUUAGAAAGAGAAGAGAGAGAAAGUUGAUCAACAUAUAUACUAGUA